UCAGGACACACUGUGCAAGAAGGGCUCUCCAGCAGAGGGCAGUGUCAGUCCAAGAGCAUCUCCCACCUCAUCAGGUCCACGAGCAUCCUGUGCCGUCAGGAUCACGCCACUGAAAACCAUGAAAGGCUCUCCUGACCUGAUUCCUGCUGCAGAUCUGGACCCCAGCAGAGUGUGCAAAGGAAAAGGAGUUGUGACUCUUAGAGCGACCCUGGUCCACAUAGAUGAUGAGGGCUGCAUCAGUGAGGAGCCAAGCGUCAUCACAGCUCCAAGUGGCUGGACAAGCCAGAUUAAUGGAGACAGCUCUAAAGCAGGACUGGCUGAGGGAGGCAGCAACAUCACCGCUGAUUUACCUCCUGUAAACAACACCCAGUGCCAGGCCACUUUAGCCGAAAGCUUAAAAGAAAACCAGGCUCCGUCCUCCAUUGAUGUUCAAAACUGUAUCUCAUCACCCUCCAGCUCGGUCUAUCCCUGCACUAGCUCAGUCAAUCCCACCAUAGUCCUGUUACAACACAACAGAGAGCAGCAAAAGCAUCUUUCUCAUUUGAAAGACCCAACUCCAGAAAGGGACAAAAGCCCUGAUCCUGGCAGAGAAUCCGUGAGUCCAGUUCCUGAUAUGGAAGAAAAGAGGCUGCGACUAUCACUGCACUCACCUGUGUUUAAUCCUCUCAACAAUCCCCCUGUGCCUGUACGGAACACUGAAAAGUCCAAAGACUGGUAUAAGACCAUGUUCAAACAGAUACAUAAAAUACCUGAGCCAAUUGAGGAAAACCCUUACCGCCCCACCUACAUUUUCCCCGAGAACUAUGACACUCACAUGAAAUCAAAAGAUGAUGGCCACACACCCUUUGGUUACUUGGAGGAUGUCAGAGCCGUCCCUCGCUCAAAAAGCGAGAAUGAGGUUGAUUCAAGAGGACGGUCGAUGCCGGUGCCAACACGUUCCUCUUCCCUCAAGCCCUCAGUAAAAAGGAAUGAGUGGGAGCCCCCGGAUAAAAAGGUAGACACCAGGAAGUACCGCGCUGAGCCCAAGAGCAUCUUUGAAUAUGAGCCGGGGAAAUCGUCGGUGCUGAAGCUGGAGAGAACGACUCAGGAUGUAAGUCCAGAAGACAUAGAUUUAGAGAAUGAGCCUUGGUAUAAAUUCUUUUCAGAGAUGGAGUUUGACAAAGCGAGUACCCCCUCUUUCAGUCCCCUGGAAACAGCCUCCGACCUGCAGCAGUACUCCUCGAGUAAGUCUGGACACAGCGAGGUGGAGAAGGACAGAGAAUCACCCACAAGUGAGCCUACGGCUCCAGAAUGCGACCGUCAUGUUUACAAGAGUGUCCUGGAGGGCGGCGACAUACCUUUACAAGGUCUACGGGCCUUAAACAAGCGCCAUGGCAGCUCUUCCUCCUCUAAAGUGGAUUAUAAAGGUGGGAAUGGCUAUAUAAUUUCACCUUGCUCCUCUGUAAAUAGUCGAUCGGUUCUUGCCAGUAAUGCAAUAGGUAACCAGUGUAAGAGCAAGAAGCCUCUUUCUGCUGCCAAGGCCUGCAUACCUCAAAUCCUGCCUUCUAAGUUUAAGCCCAAGCUGCUGCCACCCAGUGGUGACAGUGAGGAGUGCAGGACUAAAACUGUCAAGCACCCAAAGGCCCACAGCUGUGAAGAUAUAUACACAGGGCAAUGUGACACAGACUUUUCUCGAGCAGAUGAAAAACAGAGUGGACAGAGUGGGCAAUAUUCAGACUCUAGCUGUGGCAGCGAUUGUGUGGAUGGCCUCAGGAAUGUUUUCCCUGCACUCAGGAGGAGUGCAUCUGAGUUUUCCAGUCUGUACCGGACCAUGCAUCACAUCCAGCGGCCCAGCUCAGCUGGCUGCAGCCCCCAUGGCAGCGUCCGGAGCCUGACCUCCCUAUUUGAGAAGACAAAGGCUGAGGAGGGUGAAAGGUUAGAGGCAGAUGAUGGGGGUAACAUUUCAAGGGAUACUGUGUUGUCACGGGUCAGUGAGUUUGAGAUAAUCAUUCAGCGGUCCAGUUCGGCUCCAAGCCGUUCCUCCUCCCUGCCCACCCUGAACUCCAGCCAUAGCCAUAGCCCUGACCACACCCCCACCCACCUCUACAUGACAUCAGCAGUGUCGGCUGAGUCCCUUUUGGUUGCCGACACCACCCAGACAGACACCUGCACCCCAGUGGUGGGACAGGACAAGAAUUGUGAGGAGGAGGAAGAGGAGGAGGAGGCGUUCCCGCUGAACGGUUUAAAAGUAGAGGAGGCUCCAUCCUUCUCAGAGGAGGGACAUGACAUCAGCGCCGUGUCCCCCUCAAACACUGAGGUGGAGGUUGAGCAGAUCCUAAGUAAGUGUUCCCCAGAACUGACCCAGCAAAGCAUCAGUGGAUCAAAGAGUCCUGUAGCACUGCUUACAGCAUCCCCUCAGCAACACAACCACCUCCACCACCACCAACACCACCACCUGCACCACCUCAACCAUCAGCUCCUCCUCAGACCCAGUAAAUGCAAAGGCUCUUGCCCAGCCUCCUACACCCGCUUCACCACCAUCCUCAGACAUGAGAGGCAGCAGGCCACGACCCAACAGGAGAAGUGGGCACCUCUGGAGAAGAAAACCACGCUUCCUGGGAACCUCUUCCUCAUGGGCCCUGCUCCCUUCAAACCACGGAAGAACCUGCAGUCCCACCGGCGAUCCCCAUUAGCCACCAGGAUCACAAUGGUUCCCCAGAGGCCCAGCAGUCUGUCCCCUGAGCCUAGACCUCUAAUCCCUCAGCGCCUGUCCUCCCGAGAGGUCUUGGAGAGGCUGAGUAAUGGAGAUGGAGGCAACACUGACCGCCUGAGUAACGGGCAGAGAUUGGACACCAAUGGGAACCUACUGCAGCCGCUGGCAGCUCACCUCAGAGACUCGUCCCCAGCUCACGGAGAGGGCCCAGAUGAAGUGUUGCGAAGGCGUCAUGGGGACAAAGAGAAAAUCUUGGAGGAGCAGCGGCGGCUGAAACGGGAACAGGAGGAAGCUGACACAGCAUCGAGGCGACACACAGGCAUUGUCCCGACACACCACCAGUUCAUCACCAAUGAGCGCUUCGGGGACCUGCUCAACAUCACAGAUAACACAGAGAAAAGGAAAUCAGGCAUAGAGAGAACUCCAGCCAUGGCUCGCUUUGACUUUAGAGCAGAAAGUCUAAAGGAAUUACCGUUUCAAAAGGGAGACAUCGUGUACAUCAUUCGACAGGUGGAUCAAAACUGGUAUGAAGGAGAGCAUCAUGGGAGAGUUGGUAUUUUCCCCCGCAGUUAUGUCGAGCUUCUUCCCCCCACAGAAAAAGCCCAGCCAAAGAAAAGUGCCCCAGUUCAGGUUCUGGAAUAUGGAGAGGCUGUCGCCCGCUUCAACUUCAACGGGGACACAGUGGUGGAAAUGUCCUUCAGAAAGGGAGAGAGGAUCACGCUUAUUCGUAGAGUCGAUGAAAACUGGUAUGAGGGCAAAAUCUCAGGCACCAACCGCCAAGGCAUCUUCCCCGUCACCUAUGUCGAAGUGAACAGAAAACCCCGCGUCAAGAACGGCAUGGAGUAUAGCGACCCCCCUGUCAGUCAGUCGCCUCAACGCAGCACCAACGCUUCUCCUCAGCUGUAUCGUAAUCGCCUCACCACCUCCCCUCUGCCCCUCCCUCGCUCCCCCCGCCGCUCUGUGUCCCCUGAGGUCCACGCUGUCUCCUCUGAGUGGAUCUCUCUGACUGUAGGAGGAGGAAGUCCUCCAGCUGCCCCCACCCCUCCUCUGCCGCCGCUGCCCACCGUGUCAUACCGCUGCGGCGAGUACCUGCCCCCACCAUUCUCUGUCAGUCCCGUGCCUCCCAUAAGCAGCAGUCCAUACUACAUCUCCCCUAUGGUGUCCCCAUCUGCCUCACCCCUGCCCCCGCCUCACCCACCCAGACCCAACUCCACCACUCCCUUCCUCACGUUCACACCACCUCAAGGAGAGGACUUCCUGCUCUCCCCUCCCUCACUCCAUCUGUCACGCAGCAUGAGUCCCUCUAGCGGGCCAGUGCUGGAGGGCUGGCUGAGGGGGGAGAAAGAGUUGACAGAGGGGGAAGGCACAGAGAGGGACAGGGGCCACACAGCCUUGGGCAGCAGGCAAAAUAGCCCUGCAGAGUUCAUGAAGAAUGAGGCUGACCAUCAUGGACGGAGCUCCAGAAGCCCCGUGAUGCUUUAUGACAUCCAGGAUAACAACAACAUUAACUCGUUCGCGGAGGCAGUGUGUAAUGAGAUCUUGAAUAUAGCUGAGACCUCGGUGAGGUACUGCAGCACCCUGUCCCACCACCCUCAUGACUCUGUUCAUAGACUGCUCCACCACCCCAGUAAACAAUCUCUCAUCAUUUCCCAGCAACCCCAGUCCCACAGCAGCAGUCCAGAGCCGAGUCGUCUUAACUGUGGAAUUUUCCAGGCUUUAUACAGUUACGUGCCACAGAACGAGGACGAGCUGGAGCUGCGGGAGGGAGAUCUCGUCAGUGUCAUGGAGAAGUGCGAUGACGGCUGGUUUGUCGGUACAUCAAAGAGGACAAAACAGUUUGGGACCUUCCCUGGGAAUUACGUGAAGGAGGUGAAACUGUAAAGAUAUCUAAUCUGGCUGUGACACAUGAUUGCCUGCCAAGCUUGGGAAGUCAUUACUAUCACGCAUGGCUGUUGGUUAGAGUAGACGUUUAGCCAGCCAGAACCGUUUGAUCAUGGAGAAAGUGAUGGAUUAAGCCUGAGGUAUGUCAAACUGCACGAGGCGAAGACAGAGACAGCUCACUGCCCAAACCUCAGUAACACUGUACAAUCAAAAUACGUCCAUCCCCACGUGUGGAAAUUCUCGGUCAAAAACCUAACACACUCUUGCUUUUUGUACAGACACUUGCUUUUCAUCUUGUCCUUGUAAUUCCACAGUACACAAGUGUUUACGUAACACCUCAGUCUGGAGGCCGGCAGCAGAGCUGAGUUUAUGGAUCAAAGAUAGGAUUAUUUUUACCUGAACUGGGAGAGGAGAAAAUAUAUUUUUGUUUGUUGUCGGGUUGGAGCUGUUUUAUCAUGAUCUACCUUUCAGGACAGGUUAUUUAAAUUCUAAGAAAAAAAAAACAAACAUUUUGUUGUCUGGAGUUUAAUGUGGUGAUUCAGUCUUUCACUCUUCACUGUGCAACAGACAAUUUGAUAGAUUUGAGGAAAAUCAUGUGAAUUUGGUGGUUUAUUUCUUUAAGGUCCUUUAGAGAUACUGUUCUGACAUAUCAUAUGUGCGUACGCUUUCUUUUACAUUUUCUGAAUCACCAUUAAGUCAGUAUUGGCUAGUUUUCAAGUAGCUUUCACACCUCUGUGUAACCAAAAGGUUUUAAAAACAGGUUCAGUAUUGCCUUCACUUUUAUCCAAGAGUUGUUAUACAAGAGUUGUUACAGUCAUGUGCAUGACUAGAAACUCAACAGUGUUGAAGUUUGCUUCACCUUUUUCUCUGUGGACAGUGCCACAUUUGUCUCGUGGUGGUGAAGAGAAACUGUGUACGUGUACAUCCUCUAUUUAUUUCUUCUUCUUUACCGUGUUUGCUGAUGGCUGCGGCCUGUAAGGUAGCUGCUGAUACACAGCCGGCUCCAGCUCAACCACAGAACAGGCGUGGUAGCUCUUAACUUCCUGUUCAGACACCUAGAAGAUAACAGUGGGUCACACUAAAAAAAAACUAUUAAUACCUUCUCAUGAAAGCUAGAGAGGUGUGGAAAAUAAUCGUACUGAUUUUCUGAGCAUAUAUUUUCAUUUUAACCUUGCCCUGACUGAUGAGAGUGUGUGUUUUAGCCCUGUAAAUGUGUACAGAAAAAACUUUAAGAGGCCUUCUAUAGAUAUGGCUACAUAUUUUCAUAUGUCUUGACUAUGACUCAUUACAGUUAGUGGAAUGAUUCAGUUUCAGAGGUCAGGAUUAGAACAGCAUGUACUGUAAAAAAAAUAAAAAUAGAAAUCAAUUAGAGAUUGACAAAUCCGAAUUGGAGCAUGAUACACUAUCAGCUAGCAGCUCUACAUUUGCAUUCAGUUGAAAGUAAACUGAAGUGACGAUAGGCUCAUCAGGUUGCUCUCUGAGCUUUAGUGGCUCUUUGUUGGAAGAGAAUGGUUUGAAUUCUGCUCUCACAGCUUCUUCCAUCAGAUCCUGGACACGCGCUGUCAGAAUAGCUCCUCUGCAUGCACAGGUAUUUCUUUUUUUUGCGUGCUUGUGUUUUCAUUAAAUUGCCCUCUGUCAUCGACUGGUGCAGCAGGCUCAUCGGCCCUCACUGGAGUUCUCAAAUAGUACUCGCAAAAUAAUUCUCUGUGCUUGUCGUGACCUGCUCGGAGCAGCAGAUGGGUGUAGUUUGUUGAACAACUGCUACAAAAAAAGUAUUUUAAAAUCGCUUUUGUCAGUGCCCGUGUAAACAAGCAGCCGAGUUCAAACGCUCUACACGGUCCACACAUUUCCACUUAAAUGGUGCCAGACUAUCACCUUUUAGUAUCGUAUACACAAUCCUACAGGCGUGAAAUAUAGUAAAGAUAAAACAAUAACGAUCACUAGACCUUCAAAGGUAUGUUUACUCUAUCAUUGGGUUUUGCAUCUGAAUGUGUAACCGUGAAUGCAGCUGUACGUGGCAAACCCACACAGUGAGUGAUAGAUGAAGUUUAGUCAUAGAUGAAGUGCUUUAUUGUUGUACUAAAAUCCAGUGGCCAACGAUGCUUCCUCCUUUCUGAAGUUUGCUACUGAGACGAGAUGAGCUGUUUUUCCUGAACAGAUUCUACAUUUGGAACACUUCCUCAGCAAAAUAAAACACAGAGUACAAUAAAUACACUGCACUGUUGGUUUGCUUUUAUAAAGAGCACUGACAAUGUUAAAGUAUUUUCCCUUCACUGCUGGCAAAAUAUUUUUGUCCCGCGUAGCUCCAGCUCCUCAAUACUUCAGUACUUUAUUCUUCCCUGACGGAACAAACGCGGAGACGUUUUCUGUCUCAGACACAAGACUGUUCGGUGACAAAACAAUCACUCAGUCCCAUCAUAGAUUGUCUCUGUGAUACUGUGCUCCCCUCAGACAUCACAGUGUGUAUGAAUGUAUGAUUAUAUGAAUGUGGUGCUGACUCUGUGCACACGAGCUGCAAACAAAGUCUGAGUUUAUAUUGUGAGUGAACGCAGACUGUUGAGCAGCCAGACACAAGAAGGCACACGAAGGACUGUAAAUAUGUAAGAUAAAAAAAAAGAAGAAAAGAAAACUGCGAGUGAUGUGAGCGUCACACUGAGCUCUCAGUUACUCACAGUGGUUUAUUUACCUGAAGGUUUUCUGGCAAAGCACAGAGUGGAGCAUUACUGAGCACAGGAGGUUUGACUCAUUAUGAACAUUACGCUGCCAUUGUGAGGGUCAUAAUGCCUUAUUUUAGAUGCAAAAUUGUGCCUCAUUUUCAUUUCAUUUCAUUUUUUUUGAGUAUCACUGAAAUGUAUUGAUGACAUAUUUAAUGUAACCAUUGUUCUCCCAUUAAUCCUUGUCUCUGUGAGAGGAGCACAUUUACUAAGAACUUGUCCAUUACCGUGCAAGUACCUGGGAGUGUGACACAAUGCUUCAACCUAAUGAUUAAUGAUCAUGAGAAUGGACUAGUUUAUAUGAGACACACAACCUGUAACAGGUUUGGUUUGUUUGCUUCAAUUUGCAGUGCUGUUUCAUUGACACUAUUAAAAUAAAGAUCCUAUACACUGCUGUGACUUCGGUAUUAUGCAAUAUUUAAUAAACCAUUUAAACUUU